AUGGAUGGAGAUUUUUACAGAAGAUCAAUUGAUGAUGGGUUGUUAUUCCAGUACAUUAGUAAGUUUAAAAGACUGAAGAUUAUUGCAGAGUUUUUGGAACGACAUAUCUUUCACGGAUUUGGUUUACCCGAAACAAUUAUUGUUGAUAAUGGAUCUGUGUUUAGAGGAAGUGAAGUAUUGCAACUCGGCCACAAUAUGCAGGAACUCGAAGAGAACAAGUCAGGAACUACUCCUUAUCAGCUAACAUUUGGCUAUGAUGCAGUCUUGUCAAUGGAGUUGAAUGUUAAAUCAGUAAGGGUAGCUUUGCAACACAAUUUGAUACCUAUCGAUUACAACGAGGCUAUGCUUGCCGAGUUGGAAGACUUGGAUAAAGUAAAGAAGCUCGCUUUAGACCACUUUAUGGUCCACAAAGCAAAGGUGAUGAAAGCUUAUAGCAAAAUAGUAAAAUUCAAGUCAUUCGAAGAAGCCGAUAUGGUAUGGCAAACAAUCCUUCCACCUCGGAAGGUUGAUAGAACUUAUGGUAAAUGGUCCCCAACUUGGAAAGGACCAUACUUAUUUCAUCAAGUGUUACAUGGAGGUGCCUAUAAACUGAAGGAUUUGGAUGGUGACAUACAUGAAUGGCCAAUAAAUGGGAGCAGUAUCCGGCCGUUUCUCGCCGCCGUCGACCUCUCGGGGGAGAUAACCGAUCACUCUCGGGCAAGUACUAUUGUUUCUUGUCGACUCUCAGUUGUUAAUCAGUUGCCAGUUAAUUAA